UCAAGGUGGAAAUAGUCCCAUUGUAGAAUCUCUGCUACCACUGUUUGACAUUAAUUGUCGUGGACAGGUGGGACGUACACCAGCGAUGAUAGCGGCUUUGUAUGGGAAGAAGGAUGUUUUUGACCUGCUCGUGUCAAAGGGAGCUGAUCUCACAAUAAGAAGUGAGAAGAAUGACACUAUCCUUCAUGUGGCAUGUGAAAGUGGAAAUAAUCCCUUUGUAGAAGCUCUGCUUCCACUGUUUGACAUUAAUUGUCGUGGACAGGUGGGAUUUACACCAGCGAUGACAUCAGCUUUGUAUGGGAAGAAGGAUGUUUUCGAUGAGCUCGUGUCAAAGGGAGCUGAUCUCACAAUAAGAAAUGACAACAAUCACACCAUCCUUCAUGUGGCAUGUCGAGGAGGAAAGAGUCCCAUUGUAGAAGCUCUGUUUCCACUGUUUGACAUUAAUUGCCGUGGAGAGGUGGGAUUUACACCAGCGAUGACAUCAGCUUUGUAUGGGAAGAAAGAUGUUUUCAAUCUGCUCAUGUCAAAGGGAGCUGAUCUCACAAUAAGAGCUGACAACAAACACACCAUUCUUCAUGUGGCAUGUCAAGGUGGAAAUAGUCCCAUUGUAGAAGCUCUGCUACCACUGUUUGACAUUAAUUGUCGUGGACAGAUGGGAUUUACAUCAGCGAUGAUAGCAGCUUUGUAUGGGAAGAAGGAUGUUUUUGACCUGCUCGUGUCAAAGGGAGCUGAUCUCACAAUAAGAAAUGACAACAAUGACGCCAUCCUUCAUGUGGCAUGUCGAGGUGGAAAUAGUCCCAUUGUAGAAGCUCUGCUUCCACUGAUUGACAUUAAUUGUCAUGGACAGGUGGGAUUUACACCAGCGAUGACAUCAGCUUUGUAUGGGAAGAAAGAUGUUUUCGAUUUGCUCAUGUCAAAGGGAGCUGAUCUCACAAUAAGAAAUGACAACAAUCACACCAUCCUUCAUGUAGCAUGUCGAGGUGGAAAUUGUCCCAUUGUAGAAGCUCUGCUUCCACUGUUUGACAUUAAUUGUCGUGGAGAGGUGGGAUUUACACCAGCGAUGAUAGCAGCUCUGUAUGGGAAGAAGGAUGUUUUUGACCUGCUCGUGUCAAAGGGAGCUGAUCUCACAAUAAGAAAUGACAACAAUGACACCAUCCUUCAUGUUGCAUGUCGAGGUGGAAAUAGUCCCAUUGUAGAAGAUCUGCUUCCACUGUUUGACAUUAAUUGUCGUGGACAGGUGGGAUUUACACCAGCGAUGACAUCAGCUUUGUAUGGGAAGAAGGAUGUUUUCGAUCAGCUCGUGUCAAAGGGAGCUGAUCUCACAAUAAGAAAUGACAACAAUGACACCAUCCUUCAUGUGGCAUGUCGAGGUGAAAAUAAUCCCAUUGUAGAACUCUGCUACCACUGUUUGACAUUAAUUGUCGUGGAGAGUUGGGAUUUACACCAGCGAUGA